AUGUCAGUCACACUUCACACAACUUCUGGAGAUAUCAAAAUCGAGCUUUAUGUAGAUGACGCCCCCAAAGCUUGUGAGAAUUUUCUCGCACUAUGUGCCAGCGACUACUACAACGGAUGCAUUUUUCACAGAAAUAUCAAAGAUUUCAUGGUGCAGACUGGCGAUCCGACUCAUUCUGGAAAAGGAGGCGAGAGCAUUUGGGGCCAACCGUUUGAAGAUGAAUUCGUCAGUGCGUUAAAACAUGAUACUCGUGGCUGCGUUUCAAUGGCAAACAACGGACCGGAUACCAAUAAAUCGCAAUUUUUCAUCACCUACGCGAAACAACCACAUCUCGACAUGAAGUACACAUUAUUCGGAAAAGUCAUCGAUGGUUUCGACACUCUCGAAGAGCUAGAAACGAUAAAAGUCGACAACAAAUAUCGUCCCUUGGUGCAGCAAAAAAUCCAAAGUGUGACAAUUCAUGCGAAUCCAUUGGCAUCAGACUGA